AUGGACGCAAUUCAAGGUUAUCGGCCGGCUCAGUCACCGGAAACCGACCCUUCCACAUUAUCCAACUACCAAGAUUUCAAAGUUGAGCUCACUACGCUUGACUUUGAUAUAAGAUUCGAGGAGUCAAAAGUGAUUGGAAAAGUCACCUAUGAUUUGAAAAACAAGCAAAAGAAAACAGACCAUGUCGACCUAGACACUUCAUACCUUUUGAUCAAUCAAGCUAGCAUCGACAAUAACUCAGCCGAGUACAAGUUGCACCAGAGACACCAAUCGCUUGGUUCCAAAUUAACCGUGCAAAUCCCUCCAACCACUCCUGAGAAAUUCAAACUUACUAUUUUAUUCGCUACGACUUCGGCAUGCACCGCAUUGCAAUUCUUGGAUAAGGAAGCCACCGAUGGCAAGCAACACCCAUAUUUGUUUUGCCAAUGCGAAGCGAUCCAUGCGCGUAGCUUGUUUCCAUGUUUCGACACACCAGCGUUGAAAUCGCCCUUCAAGUUUAGCGCCAAGUCACCUUUAAACACUUUGAUGUCCGGUUUGUUCAUCAAAAAGGAAAGUGACCGGUAUUAUUUCGAGCAACCGGUGCCUAUUCCGUCGUAUUUGGUCUCGAUCGCAUCGGGCGACAUUGAACGCGCCAAAAUUGGACCACGAAGCGAUAUCUUGACUGAGCCCGUGAAUUUACAGGCUUGCAAAUGGGAAUUUGAGAAAGAUAUGGAGGUUUUCAUCGAGAUUGCCGAACAGCUUAUUUUCAAAUAUGAGUGGCACAAGUUUGACUCGUUGGUUUUACCUGCUAGUUUCCCCUAUGGCGGGAUGGAGAUCCCGAACCUUUGCCAGUUGACGCCGACUUUGAUUUGCGGAGAUCGGUCAUUGGUCAACGUGGUGGCUCACGAGUUGGCUCAUUCGUGGUCGGGGAACUUGGUCACGAACAGUUCUUGGGAACAUUUCUGGUUGAAUGAAGGUUGGACGGUGUAUAUCGAGAGGAGAAUAUUGGAGGCCAUCGCUGUUAUUGAAGCCAAAGAGCGAGGCAAGAACGAGGCUGACUCUAGAGCAUACGGAGAACAAGUUCGACAAUUCAAUGCAAUCAUUGGAUGGACUGACUUGGAAAACGAUUUAAAGUCCAUGGGUGAUAAUGUCGACAAGUACUCCACCUUGGUACAGAACUUGAAAAACGGGGAAGAUGCCGAUGAUGCAUUUUCAACAGUACCGUACGAAAAGGGGUUCAAUUUGUUGUAUUUGAUUGAAAAGACCGUUGGUAAGGCAAAAUUCGACGAGUUUAUUCCGCAAUACUUUAAACACUUUCGAUACAAGUCCUUGGACACUUUUCAAUUUCUCGAUUUUUUAUACGCACAUUUCAAAGAGCAAAAGGAUGCCUUGGACACUAUUGACUGGAAGAAAUGGCUAUAUGCGCCAGGCAUGCCACCAGUGGACCCCAAAUUUGACACAUCGUUGGCCGACGUUUGCUUUGAUCUCGCUAGCAAAUGGUACCACCAUGCAAGCAGUAGCGAGUGUGCAAAGGACGACAAUUUUAAGCCCAGUGACAUUUCCCACUUCACUUCAACUCAGUCAAUAGUGUUUCUCGAUACAUUGAUUUCAUACGAAAAAAAGCAAAACUUUUCCUGGAAAAACCAUCAUGGCAAGACCCUCAAACGCAUGGCGCACUUGUACCACGAUCAAUACACCCUCAGCUCCAACGCCGAGAUUCGAUUCCGAUGGUACUAUCUACAUGUCAGCGGCGAGAUCCAAGAGUUCAAGACCAAGCUCGGCGAGUUUGUGGGCACCACCGGGAGAAUGAAGUUUGUGAGACCGGGCUAUGCAUUGCUAAACCAAGUUGAUCGAGACUUGGCUGUUGAAUAUUUUACAAAAUUUGAAAAUAGGUAUCACCCUAUUUGCAGAGCCAUGGUCAAGAAGGACUUGGGAUUGAAAUAA